CUUUUCACCGCCUAAAUCUGUAUUCGGCAAGCAUUCCGUUCCUUCACCCGAUUAUCUGAAGUGAUAAUGGCGUCUACAAUUACCCUUCCGGUGUUUGGUUCUUCUCCGACCCAGCGACAAGAUCGCACCUUUACGCCGUCCGGCCCAGCGACGAGGACUUUCCUUCCUUACAAGGUAUCCUUCUCCGGUGGCGCCCUGGACCCUGCUUUACCUGCUAGAAAGCUCCGGUCUUUAAUAGGUUACUCUUCACAUACCGAGCCUGUAAGCCUACAUUCCGGGAACUCCCAUUUUCUUCGAAGGGUUUUGGUGCAUUCCCUGACUCCUCAAGUCGAGAGUUCCAGUGAAACCAAAUCUGAGACAACGUUCGAGCCAGAAUAUCUCGAUCCACCUAAAGAGACUCUGAAUAUUGGGGUUUUAGAAGUCAAAACGUCGUCCAAGCCAGCUAGGACAUCGAAGAAGGGAAGGAACCCCAAACUUCUCAACAGCCUUGCUUCUCAAAGGACCACAACGCUAGAUUAUUCGCAGAUUCUCAAGUAUCCCAUCGUCACCGAGGCUGGAAUGAAAAAUAUUCUACAGAAAAACACCCUGGUUUUUGCUGUCGACAAGCGUGCUGACAAGACAAUCAUAAAGGAUUCUGCCUCGAAGAUAUUCAAGAUUAAGAUCAAGAAGGUAAACACGUCGAUCCUGCCUGAUGGAACCAAGAAAGCAUUCCUUAUAUUGGCACCAGAUCAAAGUGCAGUGGAUGUGGCUAAAAGAAUUAAAGUCAUUUAGAACAAAAAUGGGUUCUUUGCUUCUUCACCUGAGUUUGUAUCAAAAUGUUAAUUCUUCCUUGCACACAAGUGAAAUCUAGAUCCUGAUUGACUGCUCAUCCUAGAAAAAAACCCUUGGUUUCCCUUGAAUGAUUUGGAGUUUUUUGUUA